GAGGGCCCUGGUUUCCACUGAGACACGGCUCCUGAGGCCUGCUGGAGGCAGCCCUAGUAAUCCGCCCACUGCAGCGCGGGCAUCUGUUUCAACGGUGGCCACUGCAUGCCUGGCUCCGCCCAGCUAUGCUACUGUCCCCGAGCCUUCCAGGGCCCCCGCUGCCAGUAUGACGUGGAUGAGUGCGCCGACGGGAACGGGGGCUGCGAGGACCAGUGCUACAACACCGUGGGGGGCUUCUACUGCCACUGCCCCCCUGGCCACCGGCUGCAGGGAGAUGGCAGGGCCUGCCAAGAUGUGGAUGAGUGCCAAGUGCACAACGGCGGCUGUCAGCACAGAUGUGUGAACACACCAGGCUCUUACCUCUGCGAGUGCAAGCCCGGGUUCCGGCUCCACGCGGACGGCAGGACCUGCUUGGCCAUAAACUCCUGUGCCGUGGGGAACGGGGGCUGCCAGCACGAGUGUGUCCAGCUCACGGUGACCCGGCACCGCUGCCAGUGCCGCCCCGAGUUCCAGCUCCAGGAGGAUGGAAAGCGCUGUGUCCGGAGGAACCCGUGCGCGGAGCGGAACGGCGGCUGCUCGCACACGUGCCAGGCGCGCCGCGGCCUCGCCCACUGUGAGUGCCACGCGGGCUUCCUGCUGGCAGCCGACCGCAGGUCCUGUGAAGAUGUGGACGAGUGCGCUACGGGGCAGGCCCAGUGUGCCCACGGCUGCCUCAACACCCAGGGCUCCUUCACGUGUGUCUGCCACGCGGGCUACGAGCUGGGCGCUGACGGCCGCCAGUGCUACCGUAUCGAGAUGGAAAUUGUGAACAGCUGUGAGGCAGACAACGGGGGCUGCUCACACGGCUGUAGCCACAGCAGUGCGGGGCCGCUGUGCACCUGCCCCCGCGGUUAUGAGCUGGACGAGGACCAGAAGACGUGCAUCGACGUGGACGACUGUGCGGCCUCCCCGUGCUGCCAGCAGGCCUGUACCAACAGUCCCGGUGGGUACGAGUGUGGCUGUUAUGCCGGCUACCGGCUCAGCACUGACGGCUGCAGCUGUGAGGAUGUGGACGAGUGUGCGUCCGGCCGUGGCGGCUGUGAGCACCACUGCACCAACCUGGUGGGCUCCUUCCAGUGCUCAUGUGCAGCCGGCUUCCGGCUGGACGAGGACCGCAGGGGCUGUGCCCCCCUGGAGAUCCCCGAGGUGGACCUGGACGGCCAGCUGCCCUUCGUGCGGCCCCUCCCACACGUCGCGGUGCUCCAGGACGAACGGCCUCCCCUCUUCCAAGACGACUAUGUCGGGGUCCAGGAGGAGGAGGAGGAGGCGGUGGCGGCGGAGGUCCGGGGCGAGCACACACUGAUGGAGAAGUUUGUCUGCCUGGACGCCUCCUUUGGCCAGGACUGCAGCCUCACGUGUGACGACUGUCAGAAUGGGGGGGCCUGCCUCCCGGGCCUGGAUGGCUGUGACUGCCCCGAGGGCUGGACCGGCCUCAUCUGCAAUGAGACUUGCCCUCCGGAUACCUUCGGGAAGAACUGUAGCCUCUCCUGCGGCUGCCGGAAUGGCGGGACCUGCGACCCCGCGACGGGCGCCUGCCGCUGCCCUCCCGGGGUUGGUGGAGCCCGCUGUGAGGACGGCUGCCCCAAGGGCUUCUAUGGCCAGCAGUGCCACAAGAAGUGCCACUGUGCCAACCGUGGCCACUGCCACCGCCUCUACGGGGCCUGCCUCUGUGACCCGGGGCUCUACGGCCGCUUCUGCCACCUGGCCUGUCCACCAUGGGCCUUCGGGCCUGGCUGCUCCGAGGAGUGCCGAUGUGAGCAGCAGAACACGCUGGUCUGUGACAGGAGGGACGGCAGCUGCUCCUGCAAGGCCGGCUUCCAGGGCAAGCGAUGUCAGGAUGAGUGUAUGCCAGGCUUCUUUGGGCCUGGGUGCCUACAGGCGUGCACCUGUCCUCAGGGUGUGGCCUGCGACCCCGUCAGCGGCCAGUGCGGGAGGCCGUGUCCAGCCGGCUACCAGGGGAAGGACUGUGGUCAAGAGUGCCCGGAGGGGACAUUUGGUGUGAACUGCUCGGGGUCCUGCUCCUGUGGGGGGGCACCCUGUGACCGGGUCACGGGGCAGUGUCUGUGCCCCCCAGGGAAGACGGGGGCCGACUGUGGGGCAGACUGUCCGGAGGGGCGCUGGGGGCUCGGCUGCCAGGAGAUCUGUCCAGCGUGUGAGCACGGUGCCACGUGUGAGCCUGGGACUGGAGCCUGCCUGUGUCCCCCGGGUUACACAGGCAGUCGCUGCCAGGACCCGUGCCCAGCAGGCUGGUUCGGGCCCGGCUGCCAGAUGAGAUGCUCCUGUGCCAAUGAUGGGCACUGCCACCCGGCGACGGGACGCUGCAGCUGUGCCCCUGGAUGGACCGGCCUCAGCUGCCAGAGAGCCUGUGACAGCGGGCACUGGGGACCCGACUGCAGCCCAGGCCACGGGAGCUGCGACACGGUCAGUGGCCUGUGUGUGUGUGAGGCCGGCUACACAGGCCCGCGGUGUGAACAGCGUGAGUCCUGGGCCGCCCACAGCCGCACACCCCAUGUGCAUGCACGCCCAUGCACGCACGCACGCACGCAUGCACGCAAGUACCAGGGGCUCUGGUCCCGCCCUUCUGUCUGCGGGACAGGCGGAGGGUCUCGCUCCCUGAGCUCCCUCAGCUCCCCGUGUCCCGUUGGGCCCAGGCUCCCCCGCCCCCCGCAGCCGACCCUGGUCUGUAAGGUCACCUGGAGCACCAGGCAGGGAGAGCAGGGACCUGGCACCGGGAGGAGGGGAGGACCGAGGGCCAUGAGCUUCUGCGUGUGUCCCCCACCGCCCCCCAGGCUGGGGCAGCUCCAGAGGCCACGCCUGGGGCUCCUACCUCCCCGGGUCAGAGGAGAGUGCCCCACGGUCCCCGCCCCCAGCCGGGAUGACAGAGGUGCAGGCGCGUCUCAGUGGGUCUUCCCCACUCUGGCUGACAGUGGGCGGGGGCGGCAUGUCUCAGGGUGUCCCCAGGGCCACUUUGGGCCGGGCUGUGGGCGGCAGUGCCAGUGUGAGCACGGGGCAGCCUGCGACCACAUCAGCGGGGCGUGCACCUGCCCGGCCGGCUGGAGGGGAACCUUCUGUGAACGCGCCUGCCCGGCGGGCUUCUUCGGCCUGGAUUGCGGCGGCAUCUGUGACUGUGCCGCCGGGGCCCCCUGUGACUCUGUGAGCGGCUCCUGCCUCUGCCCUGCCGGCCGCUGGGGCCCCCGCUGUGCGCAGGCCUGCCCUGCCCCCACCUACGGGCACAACUGUAGCCAGACCUGCUCCUGCUUCAACGGGGCGUCCUGUGACCCCGUCCACGGACAGUGCCGCUGCGGCCCUGGCUGGAUGGGCCCCACCUGCCUAGAGCCAUGCCCCACGGGCUUGUACGGCGACGGCUGUCAGCACACCUGCCUCUGCCAGCACGGGGGCACCUGUGACCCCAUCUCAGGCCACUGCACAUGCCCCGAGGGCUGGGCUGGCCUGGCCUGCGAGCAAGAGUGCUCCCCGGGGCACUUCGGAGCCGGCUGUGAGCACAGUUGCGGGUGUCUCAACGGCGGUGUCUGUGAUGGGCGCUCAGGCCACUGCCUCUGCCCCGCCGGCUGGACCGGGGACAAGUGUCAGAGCCCCUGUGCUGAGGGCAUGUUUGGGGCGCGCUGUGAGGAACACUGUGCCUGCCGGCAGGGGGCCCCCUGCCACCACGUGACGGGGGCCUGCCUCUGCCCCCCGGGAUGGAGAGGCUCACGGUGCGAGAAUGCCUGUCCGCGUGGCUGGUUCGGAGAGGCCUGUGCCCAGCUCUGCCGGUGCCCGCCCGACACCGCCUGCCACCACGUCACUGGGGAGUGUCACUGCCCACCAGGCUCCACGGGGCCCGGCUGUGAGCAGGGGUGCCCCCCGGGGCGGUUUGGGCCUGGCUGUGAGGAGCGCUGUGGUUGUCUCCCCGGGGCCUUCUGUGACGCAGCCACUGGGGCCUGCCUCUGUCCUGCCGGCUUCCUGGGGGCGGACUGCAGCCUGCCAGGCUGUCCACAGGGCCGCUUCGGUCCUGGCUGUGCCCACGUAUGCCGGUGCGGGCAGGGAGCAGUGUGUGACCCGGUGACUGGCAGCUGCUCCUGUCCCCCCGGGAGGAGUGGCGUCCACUGUGAGCACGGCUGCCCUCAGAACCGGUUCGGCGUGAGCUGUGAGGGCGUGUGCUCCUGCAGGAACGGGGGCCUGUGCCACGCGGCCAACGGCAGCUGCUCCUGCGGCCUGGGUUGGACGGGGCCGCGCUGUGAGCUGGCCUGCCCUCCCGGUCGCUAUGGGGCCGCCUGCCUCCUGCAGUGCUCUUGCCAGAACAACGGCACGUGCGAACCCACCACCGGCACCUGCCACUGCGGCCCCGGCUUCUACGGCCAGGCCUGCCAGCACUCGGUCAGUGUGUCUGCCCUGCCGGCUUCUCUGGCCAGCUCUGCGAGAGGGGGUGUGAACCAGGCUCUUUUGGAGAGGGCUGCCACCAGCGCUGUGACUGCGAGGCAGGGGCACCCUGUGACCCCGUUACCGGCCAGUGCCUGUGUCCCCCAGGGCGCACAGGGGCCGCCUGUAACCUCGACUGCGCAGCGGGCUUCUUCGGGCCGGGCUGUGUCCUGCGCUGUGGCUGCGGGGCUGGGGCGGCCUGUGACCCCGUCACCGGGUGGUGCCACUGUGCGGACGGCUACCUGGGACCCACCUGCCAGCAAGCAGCCUCACAGCUGGCGUCUCACCGACCAGCACUGGGGCUCAGCAGCGGGGCCGAGAAGCACUAGCUCAGAGACAGCCCCCAAGCAGGCCCGUCUUCCAGGCGCCUUGGCGACGACUGACGAGGGCGCCCUUGGGCCGGCCAGGACUCUGCCCGGACUGCCUGGCCCUGCAGCCUCUCGCUCGGAAAGGGGAGGGAGGCCCCGCCUGGCCCAGCUCCAGGGAGCCCAGGCGGUGGGCCCGGCCUCCGGCUGCACAGCCACACAGCCACACAGCUGCGGGGCCCGCAGGAGCUGGGGAAGCCCUCCCCCCGCCCCCCUGCCACCCCCUCCGCGACCCUGGGUGGGGACUGAGGGCAGGCGCAGGCGCAGAGAGGGGUCCCUGCGCUCUGGGCAGGUUCUUCUGGUGCUAGGCCCUGGGACUGCAGUGCUCAGCCCGGCCACCUGCCGCCGUAGCCCGCUGUGUUUAUGGGCGGCUGACCACGCCCGCUGCACCCCUGGGCCCUGGAGUGCUGCCUGUCCCUGCCUGCCCCAGGAAACCCUGCUGCGGGACUUUGGGGCCCCGUGGGGUCGCUGGGCACGAGCUCCGGUACAUGUGCAACCCAGAAACCCAAGAAAGAAGCCGCCGCUUCCUCGUGGCCUGUGCCGUUGUUGCUUUGGGCUCACUGUGCGGCCCUCCCAGUGCGCCCGCAGGAGUGUGUUGGGACAGGAACCUCCUCCAGACCAGGGAGGCACCACAGCCCCCCCCCCGGCCCCAUCUGGUCCCUGCCCCUCCCUGGGGGUGGGGUGGACAUAAGGAGAGCUGGGGUCUGUCCAGGUUCCUGGUGCUCUUGGGGGGCACAUGGGAGCUGGUCUGUGUGUGGGAGCGUGGCCCUGCGGGGAGGAGGCUGGCCCGAGGGCAGGGGUGACGACAUGUCUUCAGGGAGUGUACAGCGGAGGGGGUGACGAGCAUCCCGGGGGCGGGUGGCCAGUGGACUGGGUUGGACCCAGAUGGCCCCACCGGGCACUUAGGGUCUGAGCUGUAGCCCCUGCGUCCCCCCCAGCACCAGCCUAGCUGGCGGUUAUCCUCAAGGCAGAGGGUCUGGUGGAGCAAAAUGAGGGGGUUCUAGCAGCCGGUCGGUCUCCUUAACCAACUAGGGAACUGCCCGUCCAUGAAAUGUCAGUGGGCUGUGUCCAGGCUUUCCAGUAAGUGGAAUGAAUGCUCCCGGAGGGGACAGGGUGCCAGGCUGGUGACCAGGCUGGAGAAGCCGUUCUGGGAGGAGCAGUGGGGAGGGUGGCCCGGGGGCUGGACAGCGGGUUCUGCCAUCUGGGUGCUCUGCUGGGAGGCGGCAGGGAGGCUGGGAGGAAGAGGAUGCCGGAGAGGAAGGUUAAUGGAAGCGGGGGAGGGGAGGUGUUAGCCUCUGGUGAGGCUUUAGGGCAAGAAGAGAAGCAGGUAUGGGAAGCAAACACAGGAGCGAUCUCAGACAGAAGCACUGGAUGUGGCAGAACUGGAGUAAGAAAGCCACAAUGUAAGGAACUUUAAGGAAAUGACCAGCAAGGAGGGGUCCUAAAAGGCCCAGGAAAGAACGGAAACCUGUGUGUCAGACUUGAAACUCUGGAAACCACGACAGUGACAUUCUGUUCUCAAAGCACCAAAGAAAAAUUUCUGGAACUCGAAAGUGUGUUCAAGUGUCUGAGAAACAAAGUCAGGGUUACUCCCGGGGGCUG